GUUUUGGUUUUGCUCUAGAACAUCUGAUGCUUUGAUGCGCCGCACCCACAGAAACUGAAACGUACGACUACCACAAUAUCGAUGAAUGAAAUGCACAAGAAAAUGCGGGUCUCCGGGGACGUCGACGAGGCAUCUUCUAUGGGCCAGCCCGCGGAAAAAAUCCGCAAAGUCAAAAACAUGGAGUGCCGCGGCCGAGAGGGUGUUGAGCGGGCCGCCGGUGCGGCGGUCGGUGGGAAUGGGACGCGGACGGGACACGAGGAACAAGGACAAGACAGUAAAAAAGCGUCCAACUACACUAUCCUCGAUAGCCGGAGGCUUGCUCUGGAUCGCAACUUCGUCGUGGAACUACAGAAGUGCAGGGCCUCCGUUCUUCCUGCAAAGUUCGUGCCAAAUCAACAUGGUUCAAGCACAGGAGGGGCACGACCCCGCCACCAUGGAGGGACUUCUGACCCACCCCGCCAAUCGGGUCAGCGAACCACUGAUGCUGCUGCGAUAUCUCGCAGCCGAGGACUAUGGAUGCGUCAGGUUUGAAAUCGACAAAGUUGAAAUAACUUGCAAUGCAUAAAAUGCAUGACCCGCGGUACGUGUGUUGCAGAGCAGGCAAGUGAGGCCUAUUGUAAGCCUGUUUAGGGUUAAAGCUCGAGCUGCUAAAGUAGCAUGAGAGAAUCGCUCGUCUUUGCCUAAACAGCAUGACAAACUGGAUUUAGGGACCGCCGAAAUUUGUCAUGCGCCACUUGGAAACUGGGUUCCAACUGGCAUCCAUUUUAUGCAUGACAAAUUAUUUCAACUUUGUCGAUUUCAACUCUGACACAUCCAUAAGGACUCCGAAGUUUUGUACGACGAACUGGACAAUUACUACAGCGACACAACGGAGUCAAUAUCUACACAACGACAGAAUUCUACUACCCGAAGCCUACACUCUCCCGAAGGGGCCCGGGAGCUGGUGGAGCAAGUAGAAAUACAAGAAGACCACCGGGAAUGGGAAACGAGACCUACAUUGAUGGCCGCGCUCCACCAGAACCAGAAGAACGAGAAGAUGAACUCAGGCGGACAUCAGCAGCACGAGCUUUUCGACCAAGCC